CUUUAAAUAAAUCUCUGUGGCUUCUGAGGAGCAGAAGGCGCUUCAUUCCUCAUGCACCAGUUGUCCCUCCUCUCUUCCUGCCCUGGCCACCAUGGCUCCUGGCGUCCACAGGUUGGUAAAAUCAGCCUGGCUGCCGCUGCUGUCCGUCUCGUUGCUGUCUGAAGCUCUGUGUGUCCGCUGGACGCCAGGGGACUAUGCGGACACAGCCUCAGAUGCCUUGAGGUUCCUCAGUGACUACAACAGCCAGCACUGCAGUGGAGGUCUUCUUUAACAUCGAGUCCGCCAGCUGGAACUACAACACUAACUUAACGGAAUUCAACUCCAGGCUGCAGGUAGCGGCAAGCCUUGUGUAUCAAAAUUUUUCAGAAGCCUGGGGAAUGAAGGCCAAGCAGAUCUUCUCUAAAGAAGUACUUAAAUCUCUUUCUGAGAAGGACAGAAGGCUGAUUGCUGGUGUCAAGUUUCUGGGCAGUGCUAACCUUCCACAGGCUGAGCGAGUGGAGUAUAACACCAUCCUGAACACAAUGGAGAGUAUUUAUUCAACAAGUAAAGUGCACCCACUGCCAAAUGUUACCUGGAACCUGGAGCCUGGAAAUAUGUGGGCUCAGUCAUGGAACAACCUCUAUGAGAUGAUGGUCCCAUUUCCUGGCAAACCUUUCCUAGAUGUGACUGAUGAGAUGGUCAGACAGGGCUACAAUGCUACACACAUGUUCCGUGUGGCUGAGGAGUUCUUCACGUCUCUGGGUCUAAAGGAGAUGCCUCCAGAGUUCUGGGAAGGGUCGAUGCUUGUUAAGCCUGAAGGUCGGGAAGUUGUGUGCCAUGUGUCUGCCUGGGACUUUUAUAACCGCAGAGACUUCAGGAUUAAGCAGUGCACCACAGUGACCAUGGAAGACCUCUUCACUGUACACCAUGAGAUGGGCCACAUCCAGUAUUACCUCCAGUACAAGGAUCAGCCUGUGGGCUUCCAUGAUGGAGCCAACCCUGGUUUCCAUGAAGCUAUUGGUGACCUUAUGUCCCUUUCAGUUUCAACACCCAAGCACCUACAUGAGAUUAAUCUGCUGGAGUCUGUGACUUCUGACAAUGAAAGUGACCUGAACUUCCUGUUGAAGACUGCUUUGGAGACUAUAGCUUUCCUUCCUUUUGGCUAUCUUGUUGACCUCUGGCGAUGGGAUGUGUUCGAUGGAAACACUCCUCCAGAGAAGUACAACUCUGCUUGGUGGAACCUCAGAACAAACUACCAAGGAAUUUGCCCUCCUACCAGACGUAGAGAGGAGCACUUCGAUCCUGGGGCAAAGUACCAUGUCCCUGGAAACACACCAUACAUCAGGUACUUUGUUAGCUUCAUCCUGCGAUUUGAGUUUCAUGAGAAACUCUGUGAGGUAGCCAAUCAGACCGGCCCUCUGCACACAUGUGACAUCUUCCGUUCUACAGAAGCUGGAGCCAUCCUGAAGAAAGUUCUCGAGGCAGGCUCUUCAAGGCCUUGGCCUGACGUGCUCCAGGAGGCCAUAGGCACACGUGAAAUAAAUGCCACAUCAUUUCUCAAAUAUUUUGACCCCUUAACAAAAUGGCUGGAAGAGCAAACUGCCAAUGAGACCCUUGGAUGGCCUGAUCUCGACUGGGUUCCACCGAUCCCUGAGGGCUACCCUGAUGAUAUUGAUGCAGAAUUACAAACCUCACCUCUGUAGAAAUAAUUGAAUGUGGUUUUAUGUUUCAGACGGGAUGGUUUCUCAUCUCAACUGACUCAUUUACCUGGACAUAAUGAAGCUGAUAAGCAGGGAGUGGUGGUGGGCGGGUCAAUUUAAAAGGCGUCUGAAAACCAGACUGCGCCCAUGCUAGCUGGAGCGCUACAGUUGCUGUGUUCUGGUUUUAAUGCUCAAUGUUAAGAAAAGCAAUUCAGCAACUUUGUCUCAGUGUGUUAAAGCCUAGGUCACCAAGCUCUCUGCAUGUGCAUAUUAUGAGGUGUAUUUUUAUCUUCUGUGACUGGAAUGUAAAAAUCCUCUUCAUCUUCAUAGCAUAAUUAUGGGCUAUUGGUGAAGACCACCCAUAUGUGGUUUGAUGUAGUUUUAGCCUAAAGCAUAUUUAGUUUUUCUCUAAUUUAAUGGAAUGUUGGUUUACAAUAAAGAAACUCCUGCUACUUAA